AUGAAAUCAGCCUCAGAGCAGGGUCAGAAUUCUAUUGGCGCAUUUCGGGAUGGAGACUCGCUAGGCGGAAGCGGGCUGUGGCCGAAACCGCCGGAGGGGGGCUGGGGUUGGAUAGUCGUUUUCGGCAGCUUCCUCGUACACCUCAUCGCGGAUGGAAUAUGCUACGCAUUCGGGGUGUUUACGCCCGCAAUCGUAGACUACUAUGGAGCCUCUCGGCAACUGGUCGGUUGGCUGAACUCGGCGCUCGUGGGAAUCAGCUUCAUUUCCGUUUCAGUAAAAAAAGAAGCACUUUCAGUCCCCGUAUUUGUGAUAUUUGCGCUUAUGUUCCAAGGUCCCCUGUCCAGUAAACUCUGUGACGCCUACGGAUUUCGAAUCGUGACUAUGCUCGGAGGUCUACUUGGUGCGAUAGGUCUUGGUGCCGUCUUCUUCUACGGCCAUUUUGUCUUCUUGUUCGUCAUGGUUUCUGGCCUUGGAGGUUUGGGCUUCGGUUUCUCCUAUCUGGCCUCAAUUUGCGUCGUGAGUAACUACUUUGAGACAAAGCGCGCGCUGGCGGUGGGAUUCGCAGUCUGCGGAUCUGGCGUCGGUGAGUUUGCAUCUAACAUUUUC